CGCACUAAGCACGAGCUGCAAUGGAUAAUUCAGGGAGUUUGGAAGUGAGGUGGGUGCAGGGGUUCACCAGCAGCAAGGUUGCAUUUUUGGAUGAAAAAACAGCCUGUUACGUUUGUGGAAAUUACAUUGUCUUCCUCAAUGUGGAGACAAAAACAAGAAAAGUGCUUCAGAGCCCUGGUCAUGGCAUUGGGGUCUUCACAGCAAAUGGACUUUACAGAACUCUUGCUUUUUCUGAGCAAAAACGUUUUCCAUCCAUUUUUGUGUACAGAUACCCUGAGCUUAAAGUAAAAUGUGAUCUUAAAGGCGAAGCUAAACUGUCUUACACAGCCCUUGCACUGAGUGACAAUGCACAGUAUUUAGCCAGCUGCUCAUCUUUACCUGAAUACACCAUCACAGUAUGGAACUUGGAAAGAGGGCAUUCAAUUUGCAGCAACCGACUGGCUGAAGAGGAUGUCACAACCCUGCUUUUUAAUCCAGUGAGCUGGCAGCAAAUCUGUACUGUGAAUCCAAAGUCUCUAACAGUGUGGAAUAUUGAGAGAUGCAACGAAGUCCAUAUUAUGAACCCUAGUGUUAUUGAUCUGUCAUCCAUUGAUGGCUCUGUAAUUAAGAAAAAGGAUGACAAUUCUUACAUCUACACCGCGGAGCUGACAUACUCUGGCCCUCAGAUGCCCACAUCAGUGAUUGCAGGGCUGAUCGGUGAAAGAGCAGAUAAAAUUUUGGGAGUGAAGCCUCGACUUAGUCCAUGUGCCAUCUGCUGGUCAGUUUCCUCAGAUCUCUAUGUUGGGACUAAAGAAGGUUUUCUGCUGCUAGUAAACACUGAAAGUCUCCUUGUCUCUAUACUUUACAAUCCUCAUACUAAGCAAAGCCCCACAGAUUACAUUGAGAGCUCAGGGACUCAGGAAGGCAGUUUUCAGAGCAUGGCACUUCACAGUAAAGAAGUGUUUGCUACAGGACCUGAUGGUGUUUUGCAAAUGCUCAGGAUUAAAGAGAACAAAGUAGAAGUGGUGGAAACUUUGACUUUAUUGGAACCAAUCUCAAGUUUGUGCUUUUCACCUGACUAUGAAACAUUGCUGCUGUCUUCAACCACUGGACGCAUUUACAAGUACAAUCCAGGAUUCAAUAAUGAAGUUGACAAAGUUCUGGAUGUGUUGUGUGGAGACUUUAUCGCUGCUGCUCCACAAUAUACUGAAAUGAACAUUUGUGUGUCAAUCAGAGAGUCUGGACAGCUGCAGCUGUGGUCACUGGAAGAUGGAGAUUGCAUUGCCUCCAUCUCGCUUCAGACAAAAGUGACAUGCUUGGCAUGUUGCCCAAUAGCACAGUACGUUGCUGUAGGAGCAGUGACAGGCCAUGUCCUGUUUGUGGACCUGACAAGAUCACAGAGACCUCGACUGGUUCACAAUGUCCAUCUGUACCAUGUGCCAGUAGAGCAUUUAGUUUUCGACCAAGGAGCCAAUUUCUUGAUUACAGGAGCAUUUGAUUCACAUAUAUUCUUUCUAGAUGCAAGACCAUCUAAAGCAUUUAAGAUUAUUGGAUACAUCGAUGCUAUGGGUGACACAGUUAGUCUGUCAACCCAGUACCAGGUAGAGAGCAAGACGGUAGAUGUGCUGGUGCUCUCUAACAGUGAGAAGAACAGGACAGAUAAGGAACUUAAGGAAGGGAAUCUGAUUAUGUUUCUGUCAUUGUCUAUACAGCAGAUCUCAGAUACAGCAAACUGUGUAGAUGCUCGAGGCCACCUACGAGAGCAAGUUAUCUCUCAAACCUGCAUGUAUGAGAUCCCGCACUCUCUUUCGUCAUGUGUUCUGGGUACCAAAACAAUCUUUGGUUAUUGUCACAAAAAGAAAGUUCUACAGAGAUUUCAUCUACCAGUGUGCGUGGUGUCUAGCAACCAGAAAGUAGUUAGAUUGACUCCAGAAAAGGAGGUAGAGGGUCAUCCUAUUGGCCCUGCAUUGCUGUCUCUCUCACUUAAUCAGAGCUGGCUGGCGUCUUUUGGCAGAGAUGGGCUGAUUCGCAUCUAUGACAUUGCCACUCUGGAUACUUAUGUGCAAAAGCAGUGCCACUCUUGGUGGUUGGGAGGAGUUCGGUCUGUGUCUUUCACCCCUGGCAGUCAGACUCUUAUCACUACAGGCCACCGAGAUGGGUCUCUGGUCUGCAGCAGGCUCAGUUUAAAAAUGGCUGGACAUACCCAGGACAGCAAGUAUAUGAUGGUUAACUUUGAAGAUAAAUUGUCCAAAGAGAAUCCCAUCCUCAGUGACAUGGUUGACUGGGAACCGCCAUCAGAGGCACCAGCAGAGGUCAGUAAUGGGAGCCAAGGAACAAAUGAUAUAACAGACAAGAAUGAAGGUUAUAAGAGUCUGCCUUCUGCAACUCCAUGCAAUUUCACAUGGUUGGAUAAUAAACUAAAUACAGUUCUCAAAGAGGAGUGCCAGCAGUAUGCUGAGACCAUGAGGAGUCUUAAGAAGAGUGUAGAAGAACUUCAAGAGAAAUUCCAGGCUAUAAUGGAGGAGAAUGAGAAGCUGCCAGAAAUGGAGAAGCUGGAGCAGCUGGAGUUUAACCUGGAUGUGGAUGAGCAACAGAGUCUCCAAGUGGUAGGAGAGCAGGAGGCCGCCAAGGUGAAAAAGGAGAUUGAGCUGGAGAACCUGGAAAAACGUUAUCUGCAAGACGUUCUGAAGAAAAAGUACUGGGACUCCAUGAGCAUGAAAAGGAAGUCUAUUAAGGCCUUCCACUCAGGUUGUGAAGUGGAUAACUUUCCCAUGAAGCACCACACUGCAAUGGAGGUAGAAGAGCUUAACAGGGUAGAGGCCAUUCGUAAGAUGGAAAAGGCUGACACGGUUCAAGAGAACAGCACAGCACCAUUGGAGAAAGAGGAAGUCAAGGAGGAUAAAGGGUAUGAGGUAGCGAUGUCAGCUUUAACAAGUAGUUUGAGCACUCAGUAUGGAGGUUCUAACCCUUACUUAUACAGCCAAUUCAGCCUGUGUACAAAAGACCAAAAGAUUAACCAGAUCAUCCUGAUACAGGAUGUUAUUUACAAAGUGAAAACAGCUUUUAACACAGAGUUUGAGGCUGUUUACAAGCAGAAGGAGCAAGAGAUCAGCCGCAUAAGAGACAAAAACAAGCACAUUGCAGAGAUUGUGAGUAAGCUGGACCUGCAGAAGACCCUCUGGGAGCCCAUAUUGUCCGACAAUGAGAGACCAGAGAGAAUUCUUACUGUCUCUGACUCUGAGAUCAAGGUUGAGAAGUGCCUGACACCUGAGCAGAGGCAGAAGGAGGAGGAGCAGAGAAAUGAAGAGGAGCAGAGGCAGCUUCAGGAAAAGGGGGACAAUAUCAGAGAACGAGCAUUGGAUAAUAUGAUGGAUGGAGUUCUUGAGGUCAAAAAGGAGGACAUCCUGACAAUGGAAGUGUCACCACCAGAGUACGUACUUAAGCCUGAGCUCCAGUGGACAGAGGAGGAAAGAAGAAAUUACAAAGAGCAUCAAAGAAAAUUGAAGGAGCUCAGUGAAGAAAAGGAGAAAUAUAGAAAGACCUUGGAGGCAGAAAUGAAGAAACUGCAGGCAUCCAUUAAUGAUGGCACCCAUGCCUUUGAUGAAAUCUUGAGUAAGCUGUUUGAAAGGAAAGUGAAAUCAGAAAUGUCCGUAUACCAGGAAGAACUAAAGAUAACCAGUCUGUUCCAUUCCAUAAUAAUUGAGGAAGAGAUGCUGGACAUGGAGGAAGAGCUGAUUUCCAGAUUGGAGAAGGCACAAACUGUUAAGAAUCAAAUUGUGGAAACUUUGAAUGAUCUCAGAGAGGAUGUAGAGGCCUUUCGGGAGACAUAUGAGGACGCAGUAGCAGAAGAUAAACUUCUUGACAGUGGAUUUCGCAAAGAGUUUUUUGAAGUCCCUGGACACAUUGUUGACCAACUGUACAAGCUUUACAAGCGCAGACCCAGGAUUCAGAUUAUCAGGACACAGUCAGACAAGACAGAAUUGUUAAAGGACUCUCAUGUGUUGAGUCAAGCAGCAACAGAAGGACCUUCUAAGAUGGUAAAGGCCAUGGAGGAGUUAGAUUCACCACAGAACAUGCCAGAGGUUCUGGACCCAGUCGUGUGGGAGAGAUUCUGUCUGGCCAGAAGAACCAAAGUGGAGAGUGAGCAGAAGGUGAAAAAGAAGGCAUUGAUUUUAGCAGAGAUGCAGACUUUUCUGCAGAAGAGAAUAGACGAGGAGGAGAAAGCACAAAUGGAAAUCAAGAACCUUGUUGAUCAUCUUAAUUUCCUACGAGAAGAGAGGUUGAGGUUCAGCAGCAACGUUAUGGUCCAGCUCCUGUUAAAACAGGGCCAUGUUGAGUUGGAGACUGGAGACUUUACUGCAGAAUACUCAGACUCCUGGUUGCUCCACUGCAGUGUUGUGGAGGACUUGAACAACUCCAUCAGGGCUUUAGGAGAAGAGACGAUUACCAACAUGGUGGAGUGCAAAGACCUUCAUAAAGGAAAUAUUCAGCAGGAAUGGAAGCAUAAGAGGAUGAGUAUGCAGACUGAAGAUCUCAAAAACAAUGCAAGAGACAUUCAGAUGCUGCAUCUGUCUAAUGAAGUCCAAGAGCACCUAACAGAGACCGACCAUGAAAACAGAAUGUUCAAGAAGGUAUCUUCUUUGGAGAAAACAAUAUCAUUGCAAGAUGAGACUUAUACAAAGAAUGUUGAGGGCUGUAAGAAGCUGAUCAAGGAGCUGAACAGACAAGCCAAGGCAAAAAAAGAGAAUACUGCAGCUUUAGAUCUGCAGUUGUCAAAUUUGCAAGUGACUGUUGUAGAAAGAAGAAACAUCUAUGAGUCCACAGCAAUGGAUGAGAAUCAAGAGCGUGAAGCUAAGCAACACUAUCAAAAAAUCCUGCAGAGGAAGAAGCUUGUGGACUUGGCCAAAGCACAGGAUAUAGACAUAGACAUACUGAGCACUAAGCUGGAAUGCAUGCGCAUGAAGACAUUUCCUUCUCUUUCUCAAUAAAAACAUAAAUAAUAAAGAACAAAUGAUAA